GUUUCUCCGCCCCGCCCCGGCAGCUCAGUCAAUCCAACCUUAAGAGAAGGCGAGUCCACGGCUAAAAAUAUCAUAGCUAACAGAAGAUGGCCGGUUUGCCUCGUAGGAUUAUUAAGGAGACACAGCGGUUGAUGGCAGAGCCUGUUCCAGGGAUCACAGCUACACCGGAUGAAGAAAAUGCACGUUACUUCCAUGUGAUCAUUGCAGGGCCUCAAGACUCCCCCUUUGAAGGAGGCACAUUCAAACUUGAACUAUUUCUUCCAGAAGAGUAUCCCAUGGCAGCUCCCAAAGUGCGAUUCAUGACCAAAAUCUACCACCCCAAUGUUGACAAACUGGGAAGAAUAUGUUUAGACAUUUUGAAAGAUAAGUGGUCUCCAGCCUUGCAGAUCCGUACAGUGUUGCUAUCUAUUCAGGCGUUAUUAAGUGCCCCCAAUCCAGACGACCCUCUGGCAAAUGACGUCGCAGAGCAGUGGAAGAAAAAUGAAAGCAAUGCCAUAGAAACAGCCCGAGCAUGGACCAGGACCUACGCAGGCGAGGGCAAUUAAAGAAGAGAGACCAGGCGACUGAAUGUGAUCCAUAAAAUGUACUUCUACUCUGUCAACAUUUGAAUUUAACGGACACAGAAAAGAGAAAAAAAAUUAAGGAUUAUAAGUCAAAAGCUAUUUGAAAGACGAGUUUUACUGCUGCAGACCUCUGGGUGACUUAUUUUCCUCUCUGAGAAGCGUUAUAUGUGUGUUAGCUUUUUUUUUUUUUUUUUUUUUUUUUCUCCUAUGUUGCUAUUUAAAUGCAUGGACUCAGAAUGACACCCUCCCCACUACAGUCUUAAAAAUAACAUGUUGUCCUGAACUAGGCGCACACUGGUACGUUUGCAAACUAUACAUUCAUACAUUAAAGCUGUUCUUAUUUCAA